CGAGCGACCCAGGGUAGCCGCAGGUGCCGCCGGCCUCCGCAGCCGCAUCCCCAGGUAGGCGCUGCCUCGGCCAGUGCAAGCAUCCCGGGGCAGCUGGAAAGACUGAGGGAAGGAGCGGACCGGCUGAGUUUUCGGGACCUGUUUUGAGCAAGAUGAGUGUUUCUGCCAGGAUAAUGUAACUGAAGCAUCCAAGUCAGUGAAGACUUGAACAUGGGAGCCAACACUUCAAGCAAAGCACCUGUGUUCGAUGAAAAUGAGGAUGUCAACUUUGACCACUUUGAAAUUUUGCGAGCCAUCGGGAAGGGCAGUUUUGGGAAGGUUUGCAUCGUUCAGAAGAAUGAUACCAAGAAGAUGUAUGCCAUGAAGUAUAUGAAUAAACAAAAGUGUGUGGAGCGCAAUGAAGUGAGGAAUGUCUUCAAGGAGCUCCAGAUUAUGCAGGGGCUCGAACAUCCUUUCCUGGUGAACUUGUGGUACUCCUUCCAAGAUGAGGAAGACAUGUUCAUGGUGGUGGACCUUCUUCUUGGUGGGGACCUGCGUUAUCACCUGCAGCAGAAUGUUCGCUUUCAGGAAGACACCGUGAAGCUCUUCAUCUGCGAACUGGCCCUGGCUCUGGACUACCUGCAGAGCCAACGUAUCAUUCACAGGGAUAUGAAACCUGACAAUAUUUUACUUGAUGAACACGGACACGUGCACAUUACAGACUUCAACAUUGCUGCCAUGCUGCCCAAGGAGACGCGAAUCACCACCAUGGCUGGCACCAAGCCUUACAUGGCACCUGAGAUGUUCAACUCCAGAAAGGAAGCAGGCUACUCCUUUGCUGUUGACUGGUGGUCCCUGGGAGUGACGGCAUAUGAACUGUUGAGAGGCCGGAGACCAUAUCAUAUUCGUUCCAGUACAUCCAGCAAGGAAAUUGUGCACAUGUUUGAGACGACAAUUGUGACCUACCCUUCUGCCUGGUCGCAGGAGAUGGUGUCCCUUCUUAAAAAGCUACUUGAACCUAAUCCAGACCAACGGUUUUCUCACUUGACGGACAUUCAGGACUUCCCUUACAUGAGUGAUAUGAAUUGGGAUGCAGUUCUGCAGAAAAGGCUCAUUCCUGGUUUUAUUCCUAAUAAAGGCAGGCUGAAUUGUGACCCCACCUUUGAACUUGAAGAAAUGAUUUUGGAGUCCAAACCUCUUCACAAGAAAAAGAAGCGCCUUGCAAAGAAGGAGAAGGAAAUGCGGAAAUGUGAUGCCUCCCAGAAAUGUCUUCUUCAAGAGCACCUUGAUUCUGUCCAGAAAGAGUUUAUCAUAUUCAACAGAGAAAAAGUAAAAAGAGAUUUUAAUAAAAGGCAAGCAAAUCUAGCUCUGGAACAAACCAAACCUACCCAGGAAGAGGACGGCCAGAAUAACAACUUGUGAAGGCCUUAACGUUUGCUUCUUGGGAAAUGUUCUGCACCUGACCAUAAACUUCUGAUUAUUAUAUCAAGAAGAGCUACCUUCACGCUUGCCACUCCACAACUCGUGACUUAGAAUCUGAAUGAAUAUCCCACGAAGGAGGCAGCACUGUUUAGUGCAGAGUCCUGGGCCCAAGCUCCUCGGGUCUCCUUUCACUGUGACUAGUUAGAUUAACCACGUCCACUGCUGCUUCAGUUACCCUUUGACUAGGAAAGUCUUAUGCACAUGAACUAUUCUUUGCAUUGCUAGUGCUACAAUCAUUACUGUACACAGCCUUUAUUUUAUAUUUUAAGAUUAAUACUUGAAUGUAGAUUUAUUUUUUCAUUCCUUAUGAUUACACUGUGACACUGAGCCUCUUCAGAACUAGAGAAUUUCAUAAAGAGGUCAGAAUCCUGAAGCCUGACUGGAUAGGAAGAAAGAAUUCCUCAGGAAUAAAUGCAUAAGGUCAGAUUAGGACUUGCAAGAUUCACAGGACUUUCCAGUGGGUGCAGGAGUUAAUACCAUAUCAAUACCUGUCAGCUAGUGAGAUCCUGCUGAAUAUAUGGACCUCCAACUUCCUUUUCAGCAAUGUAGUCUUGGUCAAUUGAUCUUGGUAAUGAUGGACAUUAGUAAAUGCUACAAACAGGGACACAUUUGCUUUUCCUUUCAAUAAACCAGCUGUAAAAUGCCACAAUCCUCUUGGCACACACCAUUGAAGACUAGUUUCCCCUGAAGAUUAUGAGAGAUCCACUUUUGGAGAAGAUCAGAUAACACUUCCACACCACGGAAAGCAGAGUUACUUCAUAGUUCAGUGAAAUUGACCUUUACAGGAGAAUUAUAUUAUAAAUUAAAGUGAGUUUGGAAGACAGUUAAAUUUACCCUUGAAAAAUCCUUAACUUCCUAUAACACUUUUGUUAGCUAAAGCUGGCUUAGUAAAUUGUUCUUUUAUGAAACAACUGACUGGUUUUACUUUGUUAGGUCCUUUGAUUUUACUUUUAGCAACACAAGCAUGCUGAUAAUUUACACAUGUCUUUUAUAGAGUUAAAUGUAGACCAGCAGGAUACACACACAUCAAGUGGUCAAAGUCCUGGAAACUGAAGGCUCCCACAUUGUUCUCACUGUAAAUCAGUUGGCAGAACUACCUAAUUAUUUACAAUGUCAUUGAUGCUUUGGUUUCUUUUCUUUAUAUCGCACUUAUUUGAAAAGUUGAGUUCACCUAAGUGUGCAUAUGAUGCAACUCCGCUGUACUGAUGUAAGCAAGGUCUCUGCAGCAGAAUCCACUUUUGCCUGCGCACUGGUGACACUGCUAGAGUGAAAAUGUGAGGGCUUUACAGAGGACUGCUUUUUCUGCUGGCAGCUUAAGCCAUCAACACUUGCGAGUAUGAGUAUGGUCUGCACUACAUGGCAGUAAGCUGGCAAGAGAGGGGGCCUGGAACCCAUUCGGGAAGGCACAGGAGGAAGUCAACUAAAGAAGGAAGAAGAGAUAGGGCUGUGCCUGCAAUACCAGAGAGCCCCGGAGGGAGUUCACACUGGAGUCACAAAGUCUGUGAAAGGCCUAGAGCUGAACUUAAAAUCAGCAUUUAUGAUUUUCUCUCCACUGAGUUGAAUGGGUCCCUAAUUCCUGGUAUUGCUUGGAAAUAGUGCCUCUCUACUCAAAGGACAACCAUAUUUUUGAUGAAGAAUUAAAAUCAAGUUUUUUCAUCUGUUGUUCUCUACUGUUCUUAAACAUUAUUUGUAUGCAUUUUGAGUUUGUCCCAACACCAUAAACUCAAAGCACUUUCUCUGACUUACUUGAGGGUGGGUCAAACACAGUGGCAAUAUGGAUGACCAGAUUCUUUUUCAGGUUGGCACCUCCACUUGCACGUUCAGCUUCCACUCUCUGUGUGUCCUUACUAGAGCCUCGAAGAGCUGUGGACUCACCUUCCCCUUGCAUGAUUCCUCCUCUCAGUUUGUGCUUGCUUUUUCCAAGUGAGCAGCUUUUAGAACUGGUUAGUAAAGACCAGCAGGGCCAGAGGGGGCUCUGUGAGGGUGGUAGUCAGGCCUGUGGGCAGUUCGUUCAUGUCUGCACUUGAAGGUAGGAUAGGAACACAUGCAUUCUCUGUAGUUUGAGUCCCUAGUCUUUAUUCCCAGCGAGUAGCUUUGUUCCUCGGACACCACUGUUGGCUUUCUGAACCUUGGACACAGAUUGAAAGACAGUGUAAGUCAGUCAGCUUUCUGGGGCUGUCAGAUAAGUGGCACACAGAGUGCUUUGAGCUAGAGAAAAAAGUACUGGUGUGAAGUUAGCAGUAGAAUGUUGUUUUGCUUGUACAAAGCCCUCGGUUUAAGCCUCAGUCUUGUGAGAAUCAAAAUCACUGCAUUAGGCAGGACUGAUGAACUGGUACUAAGUGCACCAUGCUGCUGUGCAUUUUACAGAACAAAGGUUAAAACAAACAAAUCAAAACCUUUCCUAAAUUCCUACUGGUUUGGUUGCUGCAAUUAGAUCAUUUGGGUUUGUUCCAUAACUUGGGGUAGAUGGAACAUGUCUCACAUAGAUUUGUGACAGGCUUAGGGAUAAAAACUUGAGAAAAUAGGUAACUGCUGCAUCUUUUUGUCUAUGAUUCUUGGAACUUUCUUUCAGUUUCCUUCUUUACUUGUACAGAACAUCUGAGAGAUCCAAGCAGGGCUUGAAAGCCAGUAUGUCAUAGAAGUAACAGUCUUGCACUGUAGCAGUGACCUGGAGUGGAGGGGUGGGAAGGCUAGCCAUGGGGCAACCCUGACCAUGAUCCUCACUCCAGGAAGGCAAUGCUCUGAAGGGCAACAUCCUGGGGCAGCACUGCUUACGACUGAGCUCAUUCCUAGGGCAGUAAUGAACGUUAAGCAGCACAGAGCAUUGCUGAAUUAAUUACAGUAAUCUAGGUUAGGCUUUGCUUCAUAGGAAAUUUUAAACCAGAAAUGACUACAUUUCCUAUCAUUGUGAAUUUCCUAAUGGAUAGACGAAUAAGUAACUAGGAAGAGAAUUAAUGUACUCAUUAAUAGACCAAUGUUGCCAUUGUUUGUGGUUGACGUACUCAUAAAAAAAACUGCAGUGCUUCAAAAACUGAGUGAAAAGGCACAAAAAUAAUAUUUGUUUUUGAACUCAGCUGUUUCUGUAUUCUGUCUACACGAAAUUCUGCUCCCUACUUCUGUCUACCUGUGACACCUGUCACUGUGAGUUGUGUAUCUGACUGAUACAUUGAUGUUGAAACUGCAAACUUCAUUUUUCUGUGCUUUUAUGAACUGAUCUGGCAGACCUUGAAUGGGAA